CUAUGUUUACUAAAACAGUUAUAGAGUACUGCAUAAACCCCAUUUAUGAGUGAAGUGUGAACCUAAGUGAACUGUGUCCUAGUUAAAUGUGUGUUUCUACACCACAUUUAUUUUUUACUCACACAUUAACAAUGACAUCGGUGAAGAUAAUAGUGUUAAGAGAAAACUUUAAUUAAUUGUGAGAAGACAUUGACUUUUUAUCCAAUGUGGAGGAUUACAACAAGUUAUUGUUAACAAAGGAAGUCAAUCUAUAUAUCUAACAUUAUGUUUACGGAUUACAAUGGGCAUGGACACGGUCCUAUUCAUCACGGCCACCCUGGACACCAUCCAGGCCAUCAUCACAUGGCGGGGUACGGACCACCACCCCCUCCCCCUCCUCAUCAUCACCAGGCCCAGUAUUCUCAGUAUAUGAGACCGAGGGUUGAUCAAACAAGCGAUGUUUUUACUUGUUUGUUCGGUGACUUGUUUGUAAAGUGUUUUGAAGACUCAAAUAGCAAUGGGGUGCCCUCCAUGGCCAAUGUCUACCGUCCAAUGGAUAUAUCACCAGACAUGGGUUCACAGAAGUCAAGAAAGAACAAAGAGGACAAGUACUGUGGCGUGUGUGGAGACAAAGCCCUGGGUUACAACUUUGACGCCAUAUCAUGUGAAUCCUGUAAAGCUUUCUUCAGAAGAAAUGCUCCUAAGGGUUUGGAUUACUUUAAAUGUCCAUAUGAAGAGAAAUGUAAAAUGGAUGUGUCAAACAGACGAUUCUGUAAAAGAUGCCGAUUGAGAAAGUGCUUUGAAAUUGGUAUGAGAAAAGAGUACAUAUUAACAGAAGAAGAAAAAAUUAGGAAGAGACAAAGAAUUGAAGAGAAUAGGUACAAUCAGAAAUUAAAAAUGAGGGAUGAUACAUCACAAGUUAGCCCUCAGUCUGGUGUUGUCAGCUCUACGCAGUUUAAAAUGAGGUCACUGGAACCUGAAGAGGAAUAUCUGAUUGGUGAGGUUGUAUCUGCAUACAGACAGUCCCUGGAAGUAUGUAUGGAACCCCCAGUAAGGAAAGAGGGACCAUCAUUUGGAGACCUAGUUAAUAUUGCCGAGCUGAGCGUACGUCGAGUAAUAGACAUGGCCAAGAAGAUAAAGUCAUUCAAGGCCUUGUCCCAGCUAGAUCAGAUCAGCUUACUAAAAGGUGGUAGUAUUGAACUACUGAUCUUACGCUCGGUAAUAACAUUUGAUAAGGAAAAACAGCAAUGGCUUGACCCACUGGAUAACUCCGAUCAUGCUAUGACCACAGAGCAGAUGAGGUUAGCUGAAGGUCCCAACUUGUUCGAGGAGCACAUGAAAUUCACAAAGCAACUUGCCAUAGACUUGAAAGCAGAUGAAACAAUGCUAAUGCUGCUUCUAGUUAUUUCGUUAUUCUCACCCGAUCGGCCAAAUGUUACAGACAAGUCAUACAUUUCACAAGAACAGGAUAAAUAUGCUCUGUUACUGUUACGCUACCUAGAAUCUAGGUAUCCCCCUCAUUUUGUACGCAGUAUUUAUCCCAAGCUGCUGAUGAAAUUGACAGACAUUAGGAAUUUGAAUGAAGAGCACUCGCAUGUGCUUCUGAAAGUAAAUCCAGAAGUUAUACAGCCACUUAUGAAAGAAGUCUUAGAUCUUAACUUAAAUCCAAAUGAGUUGCCACAAAAAUCUUGAUAUGCCACAUUUUAGUCAAUGAAAUUGACAUUGUUCUCUAUGUGUUGCAUGAGUUACUCCUAUCUAGGAGAACUAAAAAUAUGUGUCGAGUGACAUGCUGCCACUCAAGUGAAGACUAUUUGUCACUUGUAGUUAACUAACUGUUGUGUUGAUACAGAGAAGUGAUGAAAAAUGAGUAUAAAUUUUUAAAAGUUGUAAUAAUAUCAAUUUUUUACGAGAAAUAUCGAGAAUUCAGGUAGUACAAGAAGAGAGGAAAAUUCAAAUUAUAACGAAGAAUAAUUGUUAAUUUAUAUACCGGUGCAUGUUAAUAACAAAUUUCGUAAAUUGAUGUUAAUUAGUUGAAUAAAUAUUUGAGUUAUUUAGGUGUUGAAAACUGCAAACGUAAAAAACAUAAUAUACAGGAAAACUGAAGAAAGAAAGAUAUUAAAUCCAUAUGUUCAAAUUAUUUUUAAAUAGAAGCUAAUACAGAUCAGUCCGGAUUCAAUUAUCGGUCAGUCACGUAAGUCCAUGGACAUAUGCAAUAUUUGAAAUCAAAACUUGUAAACAAAAAUCAAAUUUGAGGUCACAAGCAACUCAAGAAUAGUUUUGAAAAUAAACAUGAAUUUUCUAAAUUUCCAAGAUAUAAUUUCCUCAGAUAUUCUAGAAUUCCUUCUCUGAAAUGGUCUAGUUAAAGAACGUUGGUGCCUUUUCUGUUUGAAUAAUUCAUCGAGCAAUACAUUGUGAUAAGUGAGCUAAUUAUAGCUUUCUACAUUGUAUGAGCUGAUAUGUCUCUUUUCAUUGGUCUUCGGUUCAGAUAUUAAUCCCAAGAUUUCUGUCAUCUAAGGUGACAUUAAAAUAUAUUUCUUUAUUUCAUUUUGUAGAUACACAAAUAUAUAUAUUGUAUAUAACUAUAUAUCAGAUUGUCAUUUUGUAGUAGGGCAGGGAAGAGGUCGCAAUGUGAUUGCUUUUGACAGGGGUGUGUCAGGGAGGUUGUAUUUAUUUCUGCAUCCAAGAGUGCAUAUCUUUUUUUUAAAAGGAAUUUAAAUAAAUUGACAAAAAUAUAAUAUUGUGUCUUUGUGAAAUUAAGAAUAUUAUUAAUAUAAGUUCUUUGAGUGUAAUACAAGUAUUUUUUAUUAACCAUUUGUUUUGCAGUCAUUUGUUUAAUCUUACAAAGUAAAAGGUGUUUAUAUCAAGAGUAUGUCAUAAGAGUGAAGCUUUUAACUUUCGAGAAAACUGAAAUUUCGCUUUCAUUUCUUUUAAAAGUUUCACAUCAUAGUGAAUAUUCUAAAAAAGUAAUCUUUUAUCUUUUUGACUUGGAUUUUUUGUUCUUUUCGGCUGUUGCAAUAACAUUUGUGUCAGGUGUAUAAUUUAACAGAUUUAGUUUCAUCUUUGUAAAAAUGUCUUUUCUUUCUCAUCAAUGAGACAAUACUAGAAUUGAAAGAAAAUUGUAGCAGCCAUAUUGUUUUGUCUAUUUAUAACUUCCCUGUUUGAAUUUUAUUUUUGUUUCUUUUUAAAUGUUAAAGAUUUUAAGAAUGACUGUAAAACAGAUAUUAAUCUAUGACUAACUAUUUCGUGUAACUUUAGUGCUAUAUUUGUUUCUAUGUGAUUGUUUUUGUGAUAGUUAAUAUUUUUUAACACAAAAGAUGGAAUGUAGAAUUGAAUAGUGAAUACCUACAUAUAGAGACGAAAUACUCUAUAAUUGAUAUGUAUGCCAAAAGAUUGGCUACAUUGUUUCUUGGCCGUGUACUUGACCACAUUCUGUCUUGCCAAUGAUUUUGGAAGGGCAACCUGUAUGAAUUCUGACUUUAUGUAUGAGUGAUCUUUCGCUGUAUUAAUUAACUCACAUGUAAUACAGAAAUUUGUAAAAAUAUUUUUUCAACUCCACAAAAUGUUUUAAAACUAAAUUAAAAGUGAAAGAAAAGGUUUUCAAACAUUGCUUUUUUACACUUUUGAUAAAAAAAUUUAAGAUGCAUUGUUUCUAACUUUUCUUUCUUGAACAGGUUAAUUGUCCUUGGUUGUAGAUUAUAAGAUAACACAUCAGAAAUAUUAACUGAAAUUAUUUGAUUUUUUGGGACUAGAAGUUUUGACCAGUUAUAAUUUUAAACAAGCUUAUAUAUACAUAGAGGUUGGUUUCAGAAAGUAUGUACUGUACCAUAAAACAAUAAUGUCAGUGCUAUGUGAUUUUGAAGUGCUAGAUUAUUACUUUGUGUUAAGUAUUUUGUUAAUGUCUUUAAAACAAAAGUGCAGCUUUUAAAUUGUAAUAUAUUCAGGUGGUAUGUAAUUUGACUUAUUAUUUUCACCUGGAUCUCAAUAACAUUUUUGAUUUUAGAAAGAAAGAAUUUAUUUUUAACUCUCUAUUUUUAUAAAUAGAAUAACUUUUUUUGUUUCUCAAAUCUUUUACUAUCUAUAUAUUGUCAGAUUCUAUUUCUUUAAAACAUAUUUUAACAAUACAUGGAAACAGUCUAACAUCUUUUUAACUAAUAUCAAUAAAGAUGUGUCUUAGCUCAUCAUGAAAACAAAUCAUACUUUUAAUAUUGUUUUUAAGAUUGCUUUAUCUUUUUCUAUAAUCUUGGAAAAUUUUGAAAAAAAAAUUACAUUUGUUGAUAUUGUUUCUGUAUAAAUUGUUAAUGAUAUAAAAAUGUUGACUAACUGUUGUCAUAUGUACAUUGAUCACAUUGGUGUAAAUGUAAAGAUUUGAUUGGUCAGUAUUGAAUAUUGACAACUUUACCUCAAUUGUGAUUGGUCAGAAUAAACUCAAUUUUUUUGUUGGUAAACCAUCACUCAUUAGUUUGAGUUUUGUUUUAAACCUUAAAAGAUCUUUAUGAAGUAGGAAGUUAUAUGCUGCCUCUUCCUAAAACACGUUUGAGUUGGGUCAAGAUUAACAAUUGUAAAAUACACAUCAGAAAGACAUAAGGCUCCUUAAAUUGAUCUCAGCCACUUUUGUCUUAUUGUGAUCAAGUCCUGUGCCAUAUAUAUUUGUUAUUAUGUUUUCUUUCAUUUGUUAAUGGAGUAGAUUUAGUCUCGCCCCAACUCUUAUAGAAAAAAAUGGAUAUUCUAUUCUUUAGUUUUUUCUCUCUGUUAAAAAUAUAUAUAAGUAAAAAGACUUGAGUUUUGUCAAAAUUGUGAAGAUAGUUUGAAAGAGGGAUGAAAUUCUAACAUAAUGAUAAUAUUAUGGGUAAUAAUCAAAACCUUUUUGGGAAAAUUACAUUUUUUUUUAUAACAAGAAAUAUUACUUUUAUCUUUUUCUGAAGAAUAGGCUAAAAUAGGAGAGAUAUAGAAAUUUGGAGCAUUGCAUUAAGUAGCAAAGUUUUGAAAGAUCUUUUAAGGUUUAUAACAUUUACUAGUCAGCUUAGAUGUAUUAUAUUUCAGUUUACUGACUAGUUUUCAAGGGCAGAUAAUAAAUGGCUCGACGGUGGACUGGUUUCCAGUCUGGUUGCUAUAUAUGCGCGGUAGAUAUUUUUGCUAUGAGAUCCCAGAUCAUUUAUAUGUAGCCUGGUCAAUAAACAAUUUAUGUCCUGUUA